AUGCGCUUCACAUUCGCUUUUCUUCUCUUCCUUCUUACCCUCACCGUCGCUUUGCCAGCUGCCAAGGAGAAGUCCUCGUCCACCAAGACCAAGCUCGUAAAGGGCAUCGAAAACAACCUCAAGCAUGGAGACAAGGAGAUAAAGGCCACUAAACAGGCGCAAGAUGAAGCCGCGAAGGGCAACGACAAGCAAGUCAAGAAGAAAGAAGGCAAGAUCAACGACGCUCUGGACGCAGCGAUCAAGGACCGCAAGGGCAACCAAAAGCUUGCUGGGAACAAGGACCCUGCCUUGACCAAGGGUCUCGGCAAGGUUGAGAAUGCGCAGAAGGGUGCCAAGAAAACCGUGGGGGGUUUGACCGGUGACUCCAAGAAGGACAAGGCCGCGCUGGGGCAGUUGGGCGCAACUUUCGAGAAGGGCAAGAAGACCAACACUCAGAACCUCAAGGAGGCCAAGAAGAACUUCCAUUAG